AUGGUGAUGGCAUUGGUGAUGGAGGCGGUGCUGGGGAUAUUGGAGUUGCAUAUGAUCUUACAAGGAAGGCUGCAGGCUUCUCAGAUCCCGUCCAACGGCGACCCAAUCACCACCAGUCAAACGUCGAUUAACGAGCACGGCCCGACGCGAUACACCGAGGGCUCUGGUCGAACAAGAGCCAUGGACGAUAGCAUCCACCACUUUGUUAGCAUCACCGGGGCAAGUCUCGAUGUGGCUCGAGGCUUCCUGGAAAUCACAGGCGGCGACUACCAGCGUGCCAUCGAGCUCUACUUUGAGAGCCCAGAUCUCGUUGGAGCUGGCGUGUCCCACGGCACUCCCGCCGCCUCAACAUCUCGCGCUGCACCCAAGAGAGCCAAUAUCGGCAGAGAAGACGCCGGCGGGGUGAUUCACAUCAGUGACGAUGACGAUGACGAUGGCAAUAUGGAUCUCGAUGACUUUGACGAUAACGAUGAAGACGAGCGAGCUGCUGUUGCGCAAGCUGCCGCGUUAGCGCAGGAGGAAGAGGAUGCUGCCAUGGCUAAGCGUCUACAGGCAGAAAUGUACCAGGAAUCAGGAAAUGCUGGCGGUGAUGUUAGGGCGCCCAUUGCACGGACAACAGAAACACUUGUUGCUCCUGAUUCUACUUGGUCAGAGGAAGAAAGCUCAGCUAUUCUGGAACAACUUAGAAGGAGACGCCAGAUGCCUCCCCCAAGCAGAGGCCCCUUUGGUCAUCGAAUAUGGGGAGAUGACGGGGGUCGAUCCGAGCCCUCGGGCGAGAACGGCACAUCCGCCCAUGCGAGACGCCUGGAGGACCUAUUCCGACCGCCCUACGAACUCAUGUCUCGACUAUCAUGGGACGAGGCCCGUACGCUGGGCAAGGAAGAUAAGAAGUGGAUCAUGGUCAACCUUCAAGACAUGAGCGAUUUCAAUUGCCAAAUGCUCAACCGAGACGUUUGGAAGGACCGAGCGGUUCAGGAGCUGGUGAAGGAGAAUUUUCUCUUCCUGCAGCUGGAUAAAGAUUACCCCGACGCAGAGGAAUACAUAACAUUCUAUUUCCCUAACCGGGGGCAUGAAAAUCCGGACAACUACCCCCAUGUGUCCAUCGUCGACCCUCGGACGGGCGAGCAAGUCAAGGUCUGGAGCGGGAAGCCAUUCCCCAGUGCCGUGGAGUUCCACGCCGAGGUGGCCGAAUUCUUGGACAGAUACAGCCUCGCUGCAAACAGUAAGAACCCUGUCGCCAGGGCUGCGGCUAGGAAGCCUCAGGUCAUUGAUGUGGACCGUAUGACGGAGGAGGAGAUGCUGGAGAUGGCGCUGAAAAACAGCCUGGCUGGAGCCGAGGCGAGUGGCUCGGGCUCGGGGUCGACACCGAGCGUCCAUGAUCCAGAUGCGUUGACCAAGGAGCCUCAGCAAUCAGGAGAUCAGGAGCAGCAGAGUCUAUUUGACCAGAUCUCGAGCACAAACCCCCACACCGAACCAGCCAACAACCCUGCCACGACAACACGUAUCCAGUUUCGACACCCAGACGGACGUGUCAUCCGACGGUUCAACCUGCAGGAUGAUGUCCGAACGAUGUAUGAAUGGCUCAAAGCGGAGCCCUUGGAGGGCAAGGCAGGUAUCCAGUUUGAGUUGAAGAGGAUGCCCCAGGGCCAAGAUUUGAUUGAGUUGCUCGAUUCUACCAUCGAGGAGGCCGGCUUGAAGCAAGGAACAGUGAUGAUAGAAUUCAUUACGGAUGAGUAA